GCAGUCGACGAUUGAGGAAGCCUGGCCGCUAAAAGAGGACCCAAUCACGACCCCGCGCUUGAUCGACUUCAAUCGAGACGCUGUGCCCGAUUUCGACGACAACACACCAGCUUUCUUCUCUCGCACUACAGCCGUUGACGUUGACGCGCAAAGCUCUUUGAGCUAUCGAUCAGGUGCCGUCGUGGCUCCUCCGUGAUUGGCCCAAGCCUCCAGCCUUCGAAGCCUCCGAAGGCCCUACGCCAACAGCACAAUCACAUCUUCCUAUUUGACCCCCGUCACCUCCAAGACGCCGCCAAAUUACUCGCACAGCUCCCUCGCCGGCAGCUGCGGCUAUCCGGUAGAGACGGUCUACCCAAGUUUGCCAAGCCUGAGCAGCUGAACCCCAUCAACAAGCCAUAUCUCGACCCAGCAGCGGCAUUACUAGUUCAGCAUGCCGUGCUUUUUGGGGCUCGCCGUGUCGAUUCAUACUCCACAAGGGCCUUUGGCCGAGUACUCGAUACAGAAGCAAUCCAAGUUCCACCGGAUCACGUCUUAUAUACCUGUCCCUCCAGCAAAAGUUCCGCCUGGUGCUACCAAGCCCGAACAGUCAACAUUCGCGAUAUCAAUCACACUACUAACGCCAGGUCUUCACGUCCCAUAUUCUACACCCAAGUCGACGGACGAUGAUCCCAACCCCAAAGCCAAAAUCGUCGGCGGCCUCCCUGGCUAUACUGGCGAGCGGGGCAAAUACGGUCCCACGAUAGCUCCCUACAAGCCUCUCACCACCUCGCCAAACGAAACAAUCGCUGCAUACAUAUACUUUGAUGGACGCGGAAAAGAGGAAGUAGCGACUCUAUUGCGUCGCGGCGAGGAGACGUGGGUGAAUUCACGGUGGGUCAGCGUGCCAGAGUCUGAAGGCGGGGGCCUCGCAGAGCGCGAGUUCCUCUUCCGCGAGGUUGGACUCGAACGAUGGCUAAACGGCCUGGAUCUAGAGGGCAAAGACAAGGAUGUGGCCGCCAAGAUUGAGCGGAGAAAGCAGCGUCUGGAGAAGAAGCGAAGGAAGCGGAGAGAGGCGCGCGGCAGCAGUGACGAAGAAGACACGAAGGAUUCAGGGAACGGCGUUCUGCGCUAUGGCGAGAGCAAGGACGCGCCUGUCGAGACCCUGUCGGGCAACGACGAGUUCUUCACCACCGACUCGGACUCGGACGAUGAACCCCCAAUGCCCGAGGCGGCAGGACAGAUCAAGGUCGCCCUGUUCCGCGUACUCGCAUCUGGCGAAAUCAAGCGCGGCGAGUACUCCCCACAGUUCGACGCGCACGACGACGACGAGCAGAACGGCACUGGAGAAGGUGAGGACAUCGACCACACUACGAGCUUCGCAAAGCCCAAGACGCUAGAUCCCAAGUCCAUCAGCACUCAGACGGUGACCGGGAUAGACCCACCGGAUAAGCCAUAUGCUGUCUUUACCUUCCUGUACCGCGGAGAGCGUCAACUGCGCAAGAUGGGCAUCUUGGACACUGAAAAGGCCGCCCAAGUCACUUCACCAGCAACCCGACGAAAAUCAGGAGCGCUUGACUUUGGCAGUCUCAAACCCUUGAAUGCCUCUAGCGGCACCAAGAACUUUGGCGGCUACCGAGAUGGUUCAAAAACAUCACCCAAGUCCAAGCUGAAGAGCGAGGGGGCUAUGGACAGUGAUGCAGAUGACGAUGACGAAAUCAAGGUCGAGGAUGCAGACGAGGAUAAUUAUGAGAGUGGGAAGGGCAUGCUCUCGCCCGAAGACGCCCUCAAGCAGGGUGAGCUUGCUGAGGGCGUGCGGAAGAUCAAGCUGAAACGCCAGCAUUCCGCCGAACCACUGGGUCGCCCUUCAGCAUCCCCUGCAGCGGACUCGUCUACCUCUCCUCUAUCUGGCACACCCGCCCCGGGCGCUUCGGCAGCAAGCGAAGCGUCGUCGUCCGCCACUGCUAAGGCGUCGGCCGAACUCAGUACUGCAGGGUCUAUAGCAUCCCCUUUCAAGAAGCAACGAGCUUCUUUACCUGGCUUCGACGACAACGUGCGCAAGAGUUUAGGACAGGCGCUUCUCAGCGCACAGAAGGAGCGGGGUAACUCGGAUGGCAACAUACCGACCAUCGAGACAAGCAUGGAGGAAGAUGAUGAAUUGUGAUUUUGGGAACCGAGGUUCUAGAGCGCAUUCGGGUGAUGGAGAAGAUUGAGGAAAUACACUAGCACGAGUCUGCCGAAAUAAGACGACAGAAAUCUCAUCUUUGCGAUGCAGCGAACCAUGACACAUGACACAUCACUUCAAGACUACACGACGAUACCACGCGGCGCCCGUUGCGGCCCGGCAUCUCCUACCAAGGCGCAUCUGGGAAACAUUGAAAAUACGAAAGGUUGGAUACGGGUUUUUUGGGGGUGG